UGCAAACGCUCGACUACCCCGUGCUGGACGUCAGGGCCUUUCCGCACAUCAUCGACGAGGUGGUACGCGCCGCAUCGUCUGAUGUCCUCGCCUCCUUUCGCGCCGCGUCCCGCCGCUUCCGUGCGCUCGUUGACGAUUUGACGGCCUCCCAUCUUGUGCUCGAAGGCGUAUCCUCGACAAUCUACCCCGCUGCGGCGCUCCAUAACGGCGAGCGCUCUUUGAUGCGCUCCGCGACCUCGGGCCCAGGCCCUCUCGGGCCCGUAUGGCCCGAGCAUGCUGCGCUUGCUUCUGCCCGCACGCUAGACCUACGCGGCUGGCUACGCGCUGAGGCGCUCAAGCUUCCUGUCUACCUGGAUACGCUGAGGACGUAUGAAUAUUACGCUCAUUCACCUGGCCCAUUGGCGCGCAAAACCCUGCUGUGGGGACCGCCAUACUGUCCCCCUGCGCGCCGACUCGUGCUCUUCUCGACACUCGAGCAGUGCACGCAUGUCAAGUACCGCCCUCAAAUUCCACGGUACUACCCACCAGGCGUGAAAGAGGUCGUGCUCAACCUCAGACUUCCAGGACGCGGCGGAGAGUGGGGCAGGCUCGAUGUGCCGCCCAAAGGGCCUGAGCUGGACCCUGUGACCGUGGUGUUGACGCCAAGCUCCCACUCACACCAAUGCUCAUCGGAGAAGAUGCUUGACGGGGUCCCUCUUGCCUCAGACAGCGUCGACGACAAAACAGCGCACAGGGCAUUCACCGAUCUUGCGGCAGUCCUGGACCGCCUUGCCGCGCCAACGACCCUUGUGGGCUGGGAGCAUUUAGACCAGAGGUUGGUGAAGCGCGACGUUCUCGCUCCCCUGGAAGAACAGGGCGUGGAGCUACGGCGCGCAGACGUGGUGCGCAAGAUUAUCGGCGAGCAUGAGUGGGGCAUCCUCACGCGCGAAGCCCCUCUUCCAUCUGAGGCUUGGACAGUGCCUCAGGCAUGGUGAGAGCUUCAUGGUCAAUCAUGGCUCCGUAAGGACUUAGAUCUGCAUGCCAUACAGAGAUCCUAAACCUCUCUACCCAGCCCUCACUAAGCGACCGGACGUAACCGGACAGGUACCAGGAUGUUGAAUGCGACGAAUGCGACCGCGGCGUUGGCGGCAAACACCAUUUGCGGCAUGCCCUGCUUUGCCAGGGCAGCGUACGC